AUGUCGAUUGCGGUGGAAGUUGGACUGCUGAGUGGCAAGACAGCCACUGUGAAAACAGGACCGCAUGAAGCGGUGGCAGCAUUGGAAGUUCGAGCGCAGGCCGCGCUUCACGUCGAAGAGGGUCGGCUGGUGGACUUGGCUGGAGGUAUUCUCGAUGCACAUGCGCUGGUCAAGGAUGCAAAUGUGAAGAAUGGUGAUUCACUAACCUUACUGCACAUACAGGACGUUCAACUUCAAUCUUCUCUGUGCUGUUUUGCCGCCAUUCGCCGGGACGGAUCUGUCGUGACCUGGGGUGGGGUGUUUAGCGACAUUCGUCCUGCACAGGAUCAGCUGAAAAAUGUUCGGGCGGUCCAAGCCACUGGCGAAGCUUUUGCUGCUAUUCUUGAGGAUGGAUCUGUCGUGACCUGGGGUGUCGGUGUCGUUGGUGGUGACAGUCGUGCUGUACAGGAUCAGCUGAAAAAUGUGUGGCAGAUCCAAUCCUCAUUGGCCGCCUUUGCUGCCAUUCGCGACGACGGAACAGUUGUGACCUGGGGUGACGCCUACUUCGGCGGCGACAGCAGUGCUGUGCAGGAUCGUCUGAAGAAAGUGCAGCAAAUCCAAGCUUCUGGCUUUGCUUUUGCCGCCAUUCUGGACGACGGAUCCGUGGUGACCUGGGGAAGGCCCCAUGCUGGUGGUUGCUGUAAGGACGUGAAGGAUCAACUGAAUCAUGUGCAGCGUAUCCAAGCCACUCAGCAUGCGUUUGCGGCCAUUCUUGCCGACGGGUCCGUUGUGACCUGGGGUGAUGAUGCGCAUGGUGCUGACAGUCGAGCUGUGCAGCAUCGUCUGAAGAACGUGCAGCAGAUUCAAGCCACUCAGCACGCAUUUGCUGCCAUUCUUGGCGACGGAUCGGUUGUGAUCUGGGGCAGCUCAAUGAGGUGCCAUCUGGAUGUGCAGCAUCGGCUAGCAAAUGUGCAGCAAAUCCAAGCCUCCGAACACGCGUUUGCUGCCAUUCUUGGUGAUGGAUCCGUUGUGACAUGGGGUAAUUGUAAGCAUGGUGGUGAUUGUAGUGCUGCGCAGUAUCAGCUGAAGAAUGUGAAGCAUAUCCAAGCCUCUGCCUCUGCUUUUGCUGCCAUUCUUGAGGACGGAACUGUCGUGACUUGGGGUGAUGCUGCGAGCGGUGGCGACAGUAGUGCUGCACAGGAUCAGCUGAAGAACGUGCAGCGAAUCCAAGCCUCUAAAGCUGCUUUUGCUGCCAUUCUUGAGGACAGAACUGUCGUGACUUGGGGUGAUGCUGCGAGCGGUGGUGACAGUAGUGCUGUGCAGGAUCAGCUGAAGAACGUGCAGCGAAUCCCAGCCUCUAAAGCUGCGUUUGCUGCCGUUCUUGAGGGUGGUUCUGUCGUGACUUGGGGUGAUGCUUCCCGCGGUGGUGACAGUUGCGCCGUGCAGAAACAGCUCCAGAAUGUUUAG